UCCCGUGUCCCGUGCUUCCUUUUUCUCCAUUUCAUUUGCCUACCUUUUUGUCUACACUCCGAGAACUCCCCAGAAGGAAAAGGAGGAGAUGAAGGUGAAGAGAAGAGAGGAGGUAUCAGUCGUCUAAUUUCUAAGAGAAACAUAUCAUGAUGGCUCAUUAACUUAUACGUUGGAAUACGUGGUCUACCAUCUUAAUGUUGAAUAACCAUUGGAAGGGCUGAAAGAACAGAUGGCACACUUCCACCGUUCCUGCUAGGCUUUUUAGUUUAAAUCACUGAGUGGUAUAUUUAGCUUCUUCAAAAAACCAUGGCCAGCACCGUCCCUGGAGUCCGUUUUGUAAGAUGUCCGAAAUGUCUUAUGGUUCUCACCGAAUUUGCUGACGUUCCGGUGUACAAGUGUGGUGGGUGUGCCACCAUCCUUCGAGCAAAAAGCCGUAUUUCUGGUGGACAAAAUGUGACUCUAGGAUCACUUGGGAACACUUCACAGAACUUACCAGACAAUGGCUUCUUGAACUAUGGAUUGUCCUCUUCAGGGAAGGAUUUGGUUUCUGUGUCUUCAGAGUUGGACAGUGAAAGAGAGAAAGCGGUACCUGUAAAUAUUCAGUCAUCUUAUCCAAAUGAUUCAAUCAAUUUGCAUGGGAAUGUAGAAUCAUCAGAGCAUGAAGAAAAUAAAACUGAAGAAAGAGGCUUUGACCAACAUGCCCCUCAGCCGACUGAUCUUCUUGGGCCUGAAACAAAUGACACAAAUAUCGAAGUGGAGAAGACUUUAAAGCUUUGCCAACAAGGUCGUGAAAGCUUGAAGUUGAGUGAUAGAAUGGAAGAUUCCAUGGAAUCAACUGACCUUGAUACUUCCUCAGAGGAGGACACAGCUGAUGGAGUGUAUGACGAUAAGCAUGGUAUUAUGUUGAGAUCACCAACCAGAGACUCUCGUGCUUAUGAUGCCAGUGUCUCCUCUGCUGAUGAUGGCUGCAAUGAUCAUGUUUGUAAUAAUCAUCCCAUCUUACCUGAAACCGGUUUUACACAGAAAAAGGUUCUGGACUCGAUUGAUACUAAAGGAAAGGAAGCUGAAGAAGAUGACUGUGGGGAGAGAAAGGUGGCUGCUGAUACUGGAGCAAAACUUCAAGUUCAAGAUUUUCCAGCAAAGCCAUCAAAUGAGAUGCUUGACUCAGCUGUUGUGGAAAAGUUUGAUUCAAAUAUAGAUGAAUUUCCUUCAAAGAAUAAGAUCCAAGCAUGCAAAUGGGAAACUUCAUUAGAUUCUGAAGAUUUCCACUCAGUGCAGAACACAUUGGAACCAGAAAAUGGAGGGUCUUUGAGAAUGUCAAGGGAUGCAUUCUCCUGCGAGGACUCACUCAACCAUCCAUAUGGCAGCUCACCAGCUAAGCUCAAGUCUUUUAAACAUGCUGGCAUGAAGAUACUGAGGAAGGUUGAUGAAUUGAGAGAUGAACUUAGUGAAUUAUUCGAUAAAGCGGUGGAAGGGAAGGGAAGGCCUCACUCCAGAGGCACCCUGCAGGAAAGCAUCACCAAAUCCCUUAAUCCAAACUUAGCUUGCCAUCCACCUAAAGUAUAUGAGCCAAGAAUACUUGUUCCCCGACAAAAUAGGUCUUCUCAGAUUCCUUUACCAGAACGACCCCCCUGUUCCUGUUUGCAUUGCCAUUAUAAGGACUGCAAACUGUCCAUGCAGUUGGCACCUAAUAUCUGCUGUCACAAUGGGCUCUGCAGGGCUUGUGCCCAUGGCAUACCUUGCCAAUCUUCCAAGGCUGUCUGUCCAGGUCUGCAUAUGUAUUCUAGUUUCUCAUCAUGUCGUCACAAGGCUAAGGCACCUGGUGUUGAGUCAGAGAAGUUGCAUUCCAAGGAGAAAAGGCAGCCGAUGAAGCAAUAUUGCCGGCCUGUCUUUGGGGGUGCACCUUUUGUUAUCUGCUACAGUUGUUUGAAGUUACUUAAGCUGCCAGUGGAUUUUUCAACAUCGAGGAAGAGAUUGCAUAAGCUGCAGUGUGGUGCUUGUUCUGAAGUUCUUCUGUUCUCAUAUAGAGCCAGAGCUUAUUCUAUUCCUUGCACACCUACUGAGGCACGACAUCCACCGAGCGAGGUCGACAAUGGUACAGAAACUUCUACUGUAAACGAGAUUUCUGCUUCUCAUUUUAAUGAUUGCCGUACAGGGGAUCCAAUUUCUUAUUCUGAAGAAUACGGGCCCUCAUUUGGUAUGUGCUACUCUACCGAAGAGCCUGCAUUACAUGUCUCAAGGAACUCUUCUAAUAUGAUGGAAGAGAGAGAUGGUAAGCAAGGAACAGUUUCGCGACUCCAUCGACUCAUGGGCUACUCUUCAGCUAGCGAAAUAUGCCGUCAACCUUUUGAUGUUGAUGAUGAAUGCAGAAGCUUGGAACCAACCAUGCAUUAUCAUAGACCUGAGGAAGGACAUGUGAGAGUUGAUCUUAAAGGGAAAGGAAUUUGCAUUCCUGAUCAUUCAGCAACUAGGAUUUGGAAAUGCAUGGGGAAUAUGAGUCGCCAAAGAGAGUGAGAACAAGGAGGAUAGGAUCACCUUUGCACAGAUUGUUCAAGAAGGGAAUACUAGAGGUGAAUCAUGGAUUAGAGAUCAUGAAGCUAACAGUCCUUUCUGAUGGAUAUAACUGAGAUUCAUAGGUCAAGGCUGGGAAUGAUGGGUAGGUUAGCCUUGCUGAAGGUGAACCUGUCGUUUUGUAUUUUUCUUUUUACCAUCUCCAAACCCUUUAUCUAUUCACCAAUCAUCAUUUGUUUACAAAAUAAAUCCAAAUGAGAUUGUUUAGGUGAUUUUUCAACCAUUGCCAACAUCACUCUUUCAGGUGUCUAAAGCAGGGUACUGAGUCAAUCUUCUUUUCUUUUGCGGGAUGGAUUGUAUUAUCAGCCUUGUACGGUAAAGGCACAACAUGAUUCUUUAAAAUCUGAAUUAGAGAGAUCGAGUAUGUAAUAAAAUAGUCCUGUUUUUAAGGUGCUUCGCUUUCAAGGCCCUCAAUUUUCACCUUUUGGCUGAUAUUAAUUUCUUUUGUCUUCGAAUGCGAGUACAGAGAUCUUUUCAAACA